GCAUCACACCUCUUGUUUCUCUCAUAAUCAUAUAUACCAAAAAUCUCUCUAAGAAAAAAAAGAAAAACAUUCUUCAAGAGAAGUAAAAAAUAUUUUUGUUUUCUUAUAAAAAAAACAAAACACAAAAGAAUAUGAUGAAUCCGACUCGUCGUAUUCGUUGUCUCAUUGUUUUUAUCUUCCUCGUUGUUCUAUCUAAAGCUUCAAGAAUCCACGUCGACGAGAGACGAAGCUUCUCAUCUAAACCAUCUGGUCAAGACAGAGUCUUUAUCCCUUCUAAACCUACUUUACCGGUCGUUGACGCCGGAGAAAUCCUACCGGAGAAAAGGAAGGUAAAGACGGGAUCAAACCCUUUGCACAACAAGCGAUGAGGAACCCUACAACAACAACAACAACAACAAAAAAUCAGAUAAAUUUAUUAGUUUUUUUUUCUUUCUAAACUCUCUCUCCUCUAUUUUGUUAAAUCCUAAUUAACCACAGAGAUUAUUAUAUCACAUAUGUAUAUCCUUUUUGUUAAAUCCUACUACACGAAUAUUAAUGUAGGAUUCAUUAAUCCAAUCUUUUUUUUGUUCCA